AUGUUUCCAGAUGUGGCCCGGAGGUGGAGGUCAAAGAUAAAAGUACCAGGAUGUGGCAUACCCCAAACAUGGAGCAGCACGAGCGCCGGAGGGGGGCCGCCCAGCCACGGACCCCGGCGAGAGGAGGAGGAAAGCUUUCAAUGCAAGAAGAAGAACAGCUGGAUGCUGGAGGAAUGUCACGCCCGGAUUCUGGAGGCUUGUGAGAAUGCCAACAGGAAAAUGAAAGAGAAGAUGCUCUGCCUGGAAUCUGCCUUAAAGACUAUGAUGGAGCAGAAAGUGAAAGUGAAGAGCGGACAGAGAUAG